AGUAGUGUCCGGCGCGCCGCCCGAGAGGCAGCGUCGCUGCCGUCAUCCGAACCGCACGCGUGGGGUAUCACCGAUGGAGCUGUGACUGUGCCGGUACUCUGUGGCUGUGGACUGUGACUCGGCCGGUACCUUGGGACUGUGAACUGUGACUGUGAGGUGUGUCGCGCGCUGCUGCCUGUGAGCGGACGACCUGUGUGGCUGGUGUCGCGCAGCCAAUGUCUAUGUGGCAGAAGGACUCACCGGAGCCCAUGGAGAAUUCCAGCGGCUACGUGUCCAACAGUAACUCGAUGAACCCUCCCGUCAAGUACGCCACUAUUGGCAGGAAGCAGCCGGGUGGCGUGAAGCGCACAUCGUCCCUUCUGGUGCCGCAGCCGCAGCCGCCCUCCUCCUACAAGGCCAACCCCAUCCCCAAGCCAAAACGCAGCCUGCUCUCGGCCAAAGAUGCGCGGCGGCCGCUCAAGAACGAGCUCAGCAGGCCCUCCUCACGGGCGUCCAAGAGCAGUUACAACUCUGGCUCUGGUCUGGGGAUGGGUCUCGGUCGGCCCACGUCUCGUGGCUCGAGGGACGCUCACAGUGGCAAGGCCUCUUCACGUCGGAGCGGACCGCGAGCAUCACAUCACAAACUGCGCCGGCCCGAAUCGCGAGCGUCGUCCAAGGCGCUGAUCCUUCGCCGACGGGAGUCGACCCGACGAGCCAAAUCUACCGCUGGAGGAGGGCCACCGGUGAGGCAGUCGACCCGAGCAGGAACCAGUAGUCGUCCCAGCUCGCGCGGGACCCCCAGAAGCUCUGGUGGCGGUCAGCGUCGCACCUCGACCGCCACCGCCACCGCCACAUCAAAGUCAUCCUUCUUCUCAUGGAAGCCCAAGCUGACGUUGAAACGCUCCAAGUCAGUACAAGCCAAGAAGGACUCAGGCCGGAGAGAGAUUCGGUUCGGAGACGAGGGCCAGCCAGGUGUGAUUCUAAUGCGAGGUGUAGAGCACCGGCGGCCGGAGGGUGGACCCCCACCGCUGAGGAGACCGGCUAACGGCGGUCCGGUGACCUCUCAGACCCUGCCGAGACCGCCACGGCGCGCCUCCAGUCCGGAGCGGGGGCCACGCUCCCAGAGGGCAGCCAGUGUGGACCUACUGGAGCGGCGCGGGCCAGGGAAUGGCGCUCCUCCGUCCGGCUCGCCGUCCCUCGCGAGCCGCCGCUCUCCAGGAAAGGAGCGGACCACGUCCUCUCGCAGCGUGUCGCCAUUCAAAGCGCGCCCGCCGUCUGAGCUCUCUAGCUCGCCGGCGCCGCGCGCGCCUAUCUGGAGGGCAGACUCGGAUGGCUCUCUAUCCGAGACGGUCACGAAUCUGUCCGUGCUGACGGAGAGCAGACAGGAGCGACCUCGAGGGGCCGGCUCCCGGUCCCAUCGGACCCCCGGCAGGGGAUCCGGCAAGCCUGCGCCAAAGGCCAGUGAUAAAUCGACUGUGAUGGACUUUAUUCGACGAAAGCUGUCGAUAAAACCGAAGGAAAAGCCGGUGCCGGUGCGGACAAAGCCGAGUAGCUCUCGGAGACGGGAACGGGCCUCGUCCUCAUCGUCGUCCCCAGAACGGCCACGGCCCAGCGGUCGGCUCCGACCCGCCAAGUCGAUCGAUGUUCUGACAGCGGAGACGAGACCUCCACCGGCUGGACAGGAGGAUGAAAAACAGUACAUGUCACUCCCCCGCGGAAAACGGCGGUCGAGCGGUACUACCCUGUCCAGGAAACUGUCCAACAUGGGCUGGGGCACGCUGGGCAGACCGUCGGCCGGACGUGCUCGGGACCCACGUGAUGCUAGGGGACCUCCACGGGACCCGAGGGACAUGGGAGGUCGGCAUGCGGUUAGUAUGCGGGAAGGCAGGAGUGCUGUCCUUCCACACAUUAUGCCGGAGCCGGAGAGGCCAGCACCCGGCCUGCCUCGGAGUAUGUCCCACUCAACACCUCUCCACGAGUCUGAGAGGAGACCUGAGCCUCCGCGACAGGAGCAGGAGUCACCUGACCUAGAGCCGCCCGUGCCGCCCAAGCUGGAUACUAGCUCCCUGCGGCGUCGGCCGGUCUCUCCUCAGGAGGAGGAGCCGAUCCAGCCGAUCCUGCAGGACCGGCGCGCGUUGAGCCAGUCGCAGCCGUCACUGCUGUUCCCACGGGAUGAGCCAGAUGCGCCUGAGGAGCCGUUUACCCUGUACGCCAACCUGCCGUUCCAGCUUCCAGUGCGACUGCCGGGCUCGCCGGAGCCGGGACAGAGAGCCGCUAACGCCGCAGCGCUCAAAGCCAAGCGGGCCAUGUCUCAGCCCAGUCUGCUGGAGCCUCCGGCGGCUGAGAGCCCGCGACCGCCGAGUCCGCCGCGUCGCAGCCCUCCUCGCAGCUCUGCUGACCGAUCGGACACGAUAUACGCCUACAACCCGCACCGCGGCCGACCGCCGCCGCAGCGGCCUCACACGCGUACCGUCUGGAGACCCAGCAUCACCGUCAAACGGAAAGGCAUUCUGAAGGGCCGCAAGGCCGGCGAGACGGAGGCGGGCGCUCCACCGGCGGGGCGACAGCAGGGCGUGCUGCAUGGCAUCGCUAGCAACAUCCGUAGCGUGUUCAAGCACAAGAAGAACGGUGACGACCGCGGCGUCCCGGAGGGCUAUGUGGCGGUGCCCGGUGGUGCCGUGGUGUCGGAGCGAUUCACCAACAUAACCAACACGCACGAGGAGCGGGACGACGUGCGGGAGGAGGAGGAGGUGCACCACCUGGGCAACUACUCCAAUGAGGAGAUCACCCGCGUCAUCCGGGACGGGAAAGACGCUCGAGCUCUGGUGCGCCAGCGGCAGGGCUCGGGACCCUCAGGACAGCUGGUGGACCCCCGCAGCGGCCAGCGGCGCGUGGUUCACCAGGCCGGGAAGACCAGGCGGACUGUCGACACGGAGGAUAUCCAUGAGAAAACGCACCAGAACGAGCACGGCGAGCUGGUCACGGAGACGGCCCGCACCGCCCAGCAGGAGCAGUUCCAGAAUAUUAUGGUGCCGGAGGACGGCUCGGACUGCUCUGCCGAGGAGCAGCACCGCACCACCAGCCGCCACCGGCGCCACGUCAAGGAUGAGGACAUGCUCGAGUACUACUCCGUCCCCAAGGGAGGUCGACUCGGCGACGGCAUCAAGCUCGGAGAGGGUCUCAGGUAUGUUCAGGAGAACGUCGAAGAGGACCGCGAGGGAGACGACAACAUCGAGAGUCUGUCGGAGCGCAUGCGGCGUCUCCGGCAGCUGGGCUACAAGCCCGAGGGCCAGACGCUCGCCAAGACGCCGAUCGAGUACCAGGAGGAGGAGAAGACUCGUCGCAAGGAGACGCACAAGUGGCUGGACUCGCACUUUGGCAGCGAGUCGGGUCAGUCAGCCAGCUCGGAGGACGGCGAGUCCCGCCGCCGGCUGGCCCAGGGACGGGAUGAGGUCGACCGUCGGCAGACCAGCUCGUACGAGGUACAGCAGAGCUCGUCCCGCCGCGGCGGCGCGGAUCAGACACCUACCGGCACCUGGCGUCGAGAUGAGAAGUACUCGAAGCAGGUUCGUCACACUCCGGAGCAUACUAACGUCAAGGAGACGCGUCACACGCCUCGUGGCGAGUUCGAGCGGGUCCAGGUGACGCCCGUCGGCGCAUCCCCGGGUCCUCGUCGGCCAAGUCUCGUAUCUACAGACACUCGUGGAGAGUCUGAAGAUCCCAUCUUCGCCAGCAAGUUCAGCUCGGGCAAACCACGAGGCAACGUGCGGUUCCAGGCUUCCAGCCCGGAGAGGAGACCGUCAGACAGCGGACGACUAUCCCCUCCGACCCAGUCACCGCCACCGCCUCCGCCACCUCGCCACCGCAAGAAGGGACGCGACAAGGAGUCUCCCAUGAACGCUGCGCCCGACAAUCACUACGCCAGUUCUCCAAUCAGGGAGCGUUUCGAGCGAGACCCGCGUGACGGCUACCCCUCAGAGGAGCGUCGUGGGGAACGCAGGCAGGUCAGGGAGUACCACUUCAGCGGUGGAAGCUCCGACCGCGGGAACACUCCCAUCUCCAGAUACGAGUACCGCGAGCAGCACGGUUCCCGUCACGGCUCUUACAGUGACGAGAGGGAUGGCAGCCAGAGGCGGUACGUCCCGGAGUCGGUCAGAGCUCGCGAGCGUACCGCCAGUAUUGACGAGCUGAGCAGCUCGCGUCAGAGUGACGCCGAGAGGCGCGUGAGGUAUCAUCACCGCAGUACCGACUUCCUGGAUCGACGUGGCUCCGAUGACAGGCGUGCACCUCCCGAGAGGGUCACCUUCGAGUCUCAGACGCUGCCGCGCAAGCCACACGACUACCCACCUUCGCCUGUGUCCCGAGCGCCAGACGCAGGCCGCUUCGGCGGCAGUAUGAUCAACGUGUCGGUGAAAAACAACGGUCGUGGUCCGGCGCCACAGAAACCGGCUCGUCUGGGCGUCCAGCGCAGCAGCAGUCUGUACUCGAAGGAUGGCCAGGAUGGUGCCUUCAAUACUGGCCUGAAGAGCCCCGACAUCAUCUCCAAGAUCCAGCGGACGGCCAGCAUGAGGCGCGGCGAAGGCGGUGAGCCACCGGAACAGGAGCGCAUGUCACACACCUCCUCUUCGUCCCGCUCCUACCGCGCCUCGCCGGCCGCUCCGCCCGCCGCCAAGAAAGACUCGUUCAUGCGCGGCCUCCUAAAGAACGCCCCUGAGCUGUACAACGUUCUGCAUGGCAACGAGCGCAAGGACAGCAAGACGCCGUCGCCUCGCUCGGGUCUGAUCACGCCUCCGCCGCCUCUGGAGCGGGUGCAGCCGGCCGGAGCGGGCAGCAGUCGCUCGGAGCGACUGCGCAGCGAGGAGUCCUACCGCUCCGGAGAGCGGCCCAGCAUCGUCAAGGUGAAUGUUCGCCCCAGCGCGGAGCGAGACGACCGGCCGCCGCGCGCGCACGGUGCUGGCAUGACGAAUGGUGUCUCGGCGGGCUCAGCAUCUCACUCAGCUGACUCUCCGUCCCAUUACAGGUACAACGAUGAGAUAUACACGAGUCCGUCUCGGCGCGGCGACUGGCCGUGGGCGGCGCAGGAGCGGAGCUCACCAGCCGGCUCGGAGGGCGAGGGUAGUCUCGGCAGCCGCCGCAGCCCGGCCCGCCGCCGAGAACCCCUGCCCGAGAGCCCUCUGGUGGCCCGCGUCCGCACCUGGGACCGCAACUCGGCCGCCGCCCCCACAUCAUGAGUGUCAUCUAGUGAGCGCAGAGCGGAAACUCUGGUUCGCCGAUCGACCACGGCGGCGCCCCGAUCGGGCAACGAUAUUCGGCAGCCGGAGUCCCGUAUAUAACAUGUGUGAUCGGAGUAAAGAAAUAAUACCUGACGCGUGCCAAUUUAGUGCUUUCCAGUACUGACCGCUCCAGAGAUGACCAUUUGUGAUUAAACGGUGUGUUUGUGGCUGAGUGUGGGUAUAAAUGUCUGUGUCUGUAUAUAGAGAAUCUGCAUGUAGCUUCCAUAAGCUACAUGAUUAUUAUUUAACUGGGGCGUUUUCCCGCUCUCUCUAGUGUGUGGGCUGGGACAUGACGCCUAACUUGACGCCCCGUAACCGCUUCCUGGUAUUAACGGUCGCCCAUGUGCUAAUCAUUGUUGGCGGGCGGUAACCGCCCAUAACCCGUCUUCCAAACUGAACUGACCGUCUCACUGCGGGCGGGACCUUGUGUGUAAAUAAACGGGUGAGCCGUUGAAGAU